CUGUCAAACAGUGCGACCACAUUUUAGAAAACGAGCAUUCCCUCUACGUGCAAAGGCACAGAUAUCCAUAUAUAAACAUCAGUAGACACGUGACAUUAAAAUGUUUUUUAAAGAAUCAAAAGUCUAAAUAUGACAUUAAAAUUGGAAUGUUAUGUCAAACGGUGUUAACUUAAGGCGUUGAAGUCGGAUGCAGUUGUCCGAUCAAAGUGUGCUAACAACGGCAGUGGAGCAGACAUGGUCGCCCCCCCUCCUCCAGAUGUAAACGCCAUGUCUGCGCUUGGGAAACAACGGCGGCCGGCGCACGCUCCGACAACAUGGAGGACGUCUCGGCGUAGCGAAAUGGUUGGGUGGGGAGUAGGAAGCUGCUGCGCGUUGACUGGAGGGAGACGGCGAGUGAGAUGGAGGCGGGGGAAGAAUCAUCUCUGCGGGGACUGGAGCCGAGGACCGACGGCGCAGUACUGGCGAUCGUUCAACCCUCCCCUUCUUCCUCCACAACGACGCCGAGGCUCACGCCGAGCAGUAAGGUAAGCCCAGCGGAGGAUUCCACGCGACACGUUUGCGCCAUAAAAAAAUAAUCACAAACGAGCGACUCGAGUCGCCAAAGUCGGCAUAAAUGUGUUUUUAGACGUGUGGAAACGCGGGUCGGUCGGAAGCCCCUUUGUACUCGCUCGACACGCUACGACGGUGGGGCGGCUGCAGACGAGGGGCGGCCAUAGCCGUGCUUCUUGUCCUCUGCGGCGGGUGGAAGGUUCUCGACACAAAACCCCGCAGGUAACGCGAAAUGUUAGUGGAAUUACUUUCAAAAUGGUGGAUGGGGCAAAUCCCCUUCAUCGAAAUCGAAGCUAUAUUUGGGUUACAUACGGGAGGGAAGGGGCGAGCGACGCUCUCCUUGCCGAGACCUCCAUGCGGCAGUUGGGAGAACAGCCAGCCGCCCCUCUCGGUUAGCCAUCAGGGAUCUUGGUUUAAUAUCUCACCGCCCUCUCUCUCCCCCUCCUCUCUCACCGACUAGACCCGGACUGCCGACCACGGAGCUCGGAAAACCCGCCUUCUAGACCUCGCUCGUGCUCCCUUUUUUUGGGCAGCCCCGCGUGGUUGACUUUUUCAGCCGUCGUUUCGUCGCCGAACAGUGCGCCAUUACUGGACCUUGUCACGACUUUAAAGGUAUCCCCUACAAAUGAAUGGAAGCAUGGAUGCAACAUGCCAAGACCAAGCGUGGGCACAGGAUGACAUCCUCCACCUGCUGGAAGCCAUGAAAGUGGCCCUACCCCCAAAAGACCAGACCAAGUACAAGACGUCAGAGUCUCACCUGGACUGGCAGAAGGUGGCCUUCAAUUCCUACUCGGCUGAGAUGUGCAAGCAAAAGUGGCAGGAGGUUGCUAAAGAGAUCCGUAAAUUCAGGACCCUAACGGAGCUUAUAGUUGAUGCUCAGGACUACAUCAAGAACCCAUAUAAAGGCAAGAAACUUAAGAGACAUCCAGAUUUUCCCAAGAAGCCUCUAACUCCAUACUUCCGCUUCUUCAUGGAGAAAAGGGCCAAGUAUGCCAAGUUGCACCCGGAGAUGAGCAAUUUGGAUCUGACUAAGAUCCUGUCCAAGAAGUACAGAGAGCUGCCGGACAAAAAAAAGAAAAAAUACCUUGAUGACUUCCUGAGAGAUAAACAAACAUUUUUGCAUAGCAUGAUGAGAUUCAGGGAAGAACACCCUGACCUUGCGGAGAGCAUGACAAAGAAAAGCUCCAAUGUCCCCGAGAAGCCCAAAACGCCCCAACAGCUGUGGUACAGCCACGAGAAGAAGGCCGUCCUCAAAGGCCGUCCGGAUGCCACCACCAAGGACAUCAAGGACUCUCUGGGCAAACAGUGGACACAGCUGUCGGACAAAAAGAGACUCAAAUGGAUCGCAAAGUCGCUGGAGCAACAGAAACUGUACGAGGGGAUAAUGCGCGAGUACAUCCAACAACACCCGGAGUUGAACCUGACCCAGGGAGACAUUGUCAAGUCCACGCUGACCAAGGCUGAGAGACACCUGAAGGACAAAUCUGACGGGCGACCUGACAAACCUCCACCAAACGGCUACUCCAUGUUCUGCGCCGAGCUGAUGUCGAGCAUGAAGGACGUGCCCAGCACGGAGCGCAUGGUGAUGUGCAGCCAGCGCUGGAAGCUGCUCAAACAGAACGAGAAGGACGCUUACCAGAAACGCUGUGAACAGAGGAAGAAAGAGUUUGAAAUUGAGAUGAACAGAUUCCUCAGUAGUUUGUCGGAGGAGGAGCAGCAAAGGGUCCUGGGCGAGGACAAAGUCGGCUUCAAGAGGGGCGGUUUGGCCAACAGCGCCGCAGCCAAAAGGAAGAACUCUAAAGCCAAGGUCACCCCAGAAAAACCCAAGCGGCCCAUUUCAGCUAUGUUCAUCUUCUCGGAGGAGAAGCGCCCUAAACUGCACCAGGAGCGUCCGGAUCUUUCCGACAGCGAGCUCACUCGGCUCUUGGCUCGCAUGUGGAACGAGCUGCCAGACAAGAAGAAGGAGAAGUAUAAACGACUGGAGGCCGUCCUGAAGGCAGAGUCAGAGAAGAAGGAGGAUCGCAGUCUGCCUGACCCGCCCAAGACGGCACAGGACAUCUGGCAGCAGAGCGUCAUUGGAGACUACCUGGCCAGAUUUAAGAACGACCGUCCAAAGGCCCAGAAAGCGAUGGAGGCCACAUGGAGCACCAUGGAGAAGAAGGAGAAGAUCAUGUGGAUAAAAAAGGCGGCAGAGGACCAGAAACGAUACGAGCGAGAUUUGUGCGAGAUGCGUUCUCCCGUCGCCACCGCCGUGGCCUCGGGGAAGAAGAUGAAGUUUGAGGGCGAACCCAAGAAGCCGCCGUCAAACGGCUACCAAAAGUUCUCCCAGGAGAUGUUGUCCAACGGAGAGCUGAACCACCUGCCCAUGAAGGAGAGGAUGACGGAGAUCGGCGCCCGCUGGCAGAGCUUGUCCUUAAAGGACAAGGAUCGCUACAAGAAGAUCGCAGAGGAAAUGCAGAGGCAGUACAAAGUGCUGCUGGAACAAUGGCUGGCUAGCGUAUCUUCUCAAGUGAGGAACACGUACAAGGAAUAUAAUUCCCAGAAAAGGAAAACUACGGCGAAACCGGGAGGACCCAAGGCCAAAGCCAAGAAAUCUGACACGGAGGAAGAAGAGGAUGACGACGACGAGGACGACGAAGAUGACGACGAUCAGGACAAGGCUUCUUCCGAUGCCGCCUCCUCCAGCGAGGACGAUGACGACGACGACGAUGACAAGGACGAGGACGACGAAGAAGAGGAAGACGACGACGAGGUGGAAGACAAGGAGAACAAAUCUGAAGACAGCAGCAGCGAGUCAAAUUCAGGGGACUCGUCGGAGUCCGACUCAGACUGAAAGCGGGCGCGGCGUCGCCGUGGCGACAGACAGACUGAGCUGAGCUGAGCCACUAGGGUCCAUCCAGGGAGCUCUGCCACUGUGCCAACCCUGCGCUCUCUCCUCCGGCCACCAGAGGGAGCCCCUGCAAAUGCCUCCUCCAUUUCACACACCCACCUUUUUUUUUUUCCUCUUGGUUUUUGUUCCAAAUCCCUAAGUCAGUCCCUUGGCCUGAGUUAGGCCGACAACCCAAGAACUGCAUCCCACUGGUUUGGCGAUGUUCCGAACUUGUUCCCGCCACGCAUUUCCACGAUUUACGGUUUCGAGUUUUAACGUGGCGAGCCUCCGGUUUCUUUCUCGUUUUAUUGUUCUGCUAAAGUGUGAACGGGCUUCUCCGAGCCAAAGAACAUAACCAGGUGGAAGACUUUAGAGAGGGGGGGGGGUGUGGGGGGAAGUACUGAAUAAUUGCACUCUUUAGAAUGUUUCCUUGUUAAUACUUCUUUCCUUCCUUCUCUUGUCCUUCAAUUUGGAUUUUAUUUCUCAGUUCCUUCAAGAGGUGGUAUUUUUCCAGAAAAAAACAAGCCAUGAUGAAUGUUUUUGUUGUUGUUGUUGUUGUUGUUGCUGGAAUAUUUCUGAUUUCUUAAAAGGUGUUCUCAAUUAUAAGCUGCAGUGCUCAUCAAGUUUUCAACCCCUCCCUUUUCUACUUUUAAACGUUCGACCGCAUCCAGGCCAAAGUGACGCCGGCUCAAAACAAAUUGGUUUGGGACUUAUUUUGCAUUUACAUGUUUUUCCGAUGCGAGAUAGUGUGUGCCUUGACAUCGCUUGGUGACGUCACACAAUCCACCCAACCAAGACUCAUUUGCAGAUUUUUAAAUGACAAGACAAAAAAGGUUUGAGGGGGCUGUCUAAACUUUUUACAGGCACUGCAAUUGUUUUUUUUAUUUCUGUGUGUCUCAUUGAGGUAUCGGAAUAUUGUGAGGCAUUCUAUUAUGUUUGUGUGUGACGUUCUUGAAAAUAUUCCUCAGUUUGCAAGUUUGGAUUUUUUUCUUUUUGUUCUGUGCUGACAGAAAUAAACCAGUUUGUUGUGCGACCACAGAGUUUGCAAUCGAAGCUCUUUUAUUUUGUUUUUAUUGACUGGAAUCGGAAUGUGUUGCUGGUCGCCCCCCCCGCCCCUGCCACAAAAAUAUGCACUUAAAGCAAAUGUCUCCCGUUAGUGUGUGGACGUCACAACAUCAUGAAUGUCCAUAAUGUACACUUUUUCUGCUUUGCUGUGAUUGGUUACCUACACAAACAUUAAUAUUCACUUGGAUUUAGACAUUUGACUAAAGCAGCAAGGACAAUAAAGUGGCUCUUUGUAAAAGGGAACUGAGCUACCAGCACGGGGGGAAAAAACAUGUAUUUUUAUCUUGUAAAUACUGUUUUAAUUUUCUAUGGAGUGCUUUUUGCUUUGUACUUUCAUUCGGUAAAUCCUUACGUGCGACCUUUUCAGUUGUUGUCCCAUCGGUCGCUUGUUUUUCCUUUAAAAAAAACAAACAGCAAAAGCUUUACAAGGUUUGUACUGCUGCCCAUUUGACAAAAGACAUUUGAUGUUUUCUAUAGCUGAGGGUAUAUAUAUAGUUCAAGUAUUUGAGCCAAUAAAAAAACAUUCUUGGA